CAUAUUCGUAUCACCACAAACAACCGGAGUUAUUAACAAUACGGUGGUGAACUCCUUGAUAGUCACCUCCGGUGUUGACAUUUGGAAGCGAAUGCCUGUGGUGCUGUUGUGUUAGCGCCCCCUGCUGCCGCCUCUGCUAUGGGCCAGCAGAUCUCAGGUCAGGCGGCGCGUCUCCCUGAGAAGCUCCUCAAACACGUCGGCCUGGUGCGGGACAGCAGCUACCUCACCUACGAGGAGUUUUUAGCUCGGGUGGCUGAGCUCAAUGACUUGACUGCUAAACUAGCUGCAGGGCAACACAAGCACCUGCUAUUUGAGGUCCUGCCAGGUUCGGAUGCCAGCGCCUUGUGGAAGGUGGCUGUCAGGAUCGUUUGCACCAAGAUCAACAAGGACAAUGGGACGGUGGAGGCGUCACGCAUCAUGAACCUGUACCAGUUCAUCCAGCUUUACCGCGACAUGACCAGCCAGGCCGCCGACGUGCUAGCCGCAGAGGGCGGCGCCGCCGCCACGGCCCCCGAGACCGCUUACGUGCCGCCUCUUGCCCCUGAUGCCUGUCAGGCCAGCAUGUGGAUGGGCAGAGUGAAGGAGCUGACGGACGACGAGGAGUGCUGCAUCUGUAUGGACGGGAAGGCCGACCUCAUCCUGCCGUGCACUCACAGCUUCUGCCAGAAGUGCAUCGACAAAUGGAGCCGCAACUGCCCCAUGUGCCGCCUGCAAGUGACUACUGCCAACGACUCGUGGGUGAUGUCCGACUUCCCCACGGAGAACGACAUGGCUGGAUACAUCCUCAACCUGGCCGACGAGGCGGGACACCCGCAUCGACCUUGAUGCAACAAGUAAACAAAACAAAACAAAGCACAUGUCACAUUCACUGGACAUUCUGUCAUGGUUGCAAGUAGAUGUGGUGCAUUGUGGGAAAGCUGUUCAUCUUUGCCAAGGUCAUGUGACAGCAGAACCUUCAAACUGGAUCACGACCUGUGGAGAAAUUAAUACAACCAAUAUUGCAGGACUCUUGUUAAUACUUGUGUAAAUUGUUGUAUUAUUUGUAAAUAGUUUAAUGAUAACUAACCAGUUAUUUAAACACAAAAUGCACAAUUAUUAUAUAUUUUAAGGAACUAAAUGAAUACAAAAGUGAAUAAAUAGAUUUUAAGUAACCAAUCUUCGCCUAAAACAGCUGAAUAAAUGCAAGAAAUAUUGCAGGACUUGAUAAUGUGACUAUUUGGUCAUCCAACUGUGGACUCCCCUGCUUUCGAUGCUCGCUGACCUGAAAAGUCUUACGUCAUUUGGUUUUUGGGGGAUACAUUUUUCUGAAAAGUUCUGGUUAAAUUCCAAGUUUCUCUCGACUCGGAGCGUGUUCCACUUUGGAGGUUCGACUGUGUUUACCAAGCAACAUAACUCUUAAUUAUAAUGUUAUUACAACAUUCUGACAUCAAAGGCAUUCAUUGAGCUGACCUUAUUAGUGGAAAUACUUUUGCACAUCAUGGGUGUCAAACUCAUUUUUGUCGCGGCCACAUUAUUGUUACGGGUUCUCCUCAGUGGGCCGUAAUGAGACUGUGAACCCACAUAAAUGUCUGAUUGCCGCAUAUUAUUACAUAUAUACAAAAACUGUAUGGAAAUCAGGAGUCAGUAAAAAAAAAAAUUUGCUCAACUGUUAUUCAGUUCAUUUUAAAAGCACGAUUGGUAACAAAAAAUGCUAUCAUUGUCUCAGUGUUAUUAAAAAUGAAGACAAUUUUCAAUUUUGGUAUUUUAGAUAGAUUUCAAAGUAUACGGCACCAGAGGAAACAGGAAAUUCACGUGAAGGGAACACAUUCUUUUCACGAACAUGCUUUCAGUUAUUAUAACAUAAACCGGCAUGUUUCUAUGUAAUAUUCCUGAUGAGCUUUUGUUUUUAUGAAUAAAUAAUGACCUUCAAUAUGAAGGGCCAAGAACACUACGGCUUCAUUUCUUAUUUUGUCUAAUUUUCACAUUUAAUGUACCAAUGAAGUACUGUACUUUUUUCCAGACUUUGCUGAGCCUUAAUCAAUUGAAAAAUGUCUAUUUAAGUCAUUUAUCCUAAAAAAAAAUAAAAAUAAAAAAUGAAUUGUUGUAGUCAGUGGAUAGAUACAUAUUAGAUGCAUUAACAGGCUGUGUUUUCUAUGGAUUUAUUGGUUUAUAAUCAUAUAAAUAAAUACAAAAAAUAUAUUGUUUUAUUUGACCUAAUUUUAUGCUGACUUUGCUGUACUCAAUGUUUGCACUACAAAAGAUUAUAUAUACACACACUACACAGUUAUCAUUUAAUCGCAUAGAUUAUUAGAAUAUUUUUCUCACUUUACAAUAGUACUGUAUGUCAUAGAAUUCUGUAAGUGUCCCGCCAUUGGAGGGUAGUGUUCGCUGCUUUUUUUCUUUUUUUUCUUUUUUUUUUUUUUUUUUACACUCAUAUAUAUCUUUUAAUUCUGCCCGUGUAAUGCAUUGUUUGGCCAUCUCUUUUUCUCACUCUGUAUUCAGUCAUUCGUGAAGAAGAUGUAGUGUAACACGUGUGAUAUUAUAUUUCAUGAUAUGAUAUGUUGUUCUUUUCUUAGGUUCCCCAAACCUGGUUUAAUUUGUUUUAAUAUAGCUGGAUUGAGGUGUGACAAUACAUUGCAUUACUUUUA